UUUCUCUGCAGAGCAUCCUAAUCUAUGGCUAUGGAAGAAUUCCAGGUCGCUAUUCAUCAGGGGAAGCUGUCAGAUGCCAUCUCCGUGGUGCAGGCGAAACCGCUGCAGUAUUUUAGCAACACCCCAAUCAAUGUCGCCGUGGUGGGUGAGCCAGGCUCGGGGAAAUCCUCCUUUGUCAACAGCAUGCUGGGCAAACAGCCAGGCGAUCCGGGUGCUGCAGAGACCGGCAUCCAAGCAACGACGACGAAGGCCAAGGAUUACCCGCAUCCGACACUUCCACAGGUCAUCCUCUGGGACCUGCCCGGAAGAGAAGAAUCUUUCGGCUCCCGCACCAAUCCAGAGGACCUGAAGUGCUAUGACUUCUUCAUUAUCGUCGGCUACCAGCGCUUCCGGACCAUCCACGCUGAACUGGUCCACGACAUCCAGGCGAUGGGGAAGAGGUUCUAUUUCGUACGAGCCAAAACGGACCUCGACGUGGAGGCGUCCCGGAGACGGCAGCCGUCGGGCUACGACGACCGGACGGUCCUCCAACGCAUCAAGGAAGACUGCGUGACCUGCUUGCUGAACGAAAACGUGAUCGACCCCCAAGUCUUCCUGGUGUCCAACUGGGACCCCCAGAGCUUUGACUUCCCCAUCCUGUGGGAGAAACUAAAUAACGACCUCUUGUGGCUGAAGAGGCAAGCAUUCAUUUUCAGCCUACCUUCCCUCUCUGCACCCGUCUUAGAGAACAAGCAGGCCACGAUGAAGGGGAAGAUUUUGCUCCCGGCCCUCUACUCGGGGGUUUUGGGUUUGCUGCCCCUGCCUGGGAUCUCGUUCGCAGCCGCCAUGUUCUUCUUUGUGAGGUUCCGCAAUCAGUGCUACCAAUUCUUUGGCUUAGAUGUCCCGUCGCUCACAGCUCUAGCGAGGGAUGUUGGCAAACCAGUGGCGGCUCUUCAGGCAGUGAUGACGUCCAGAAAGCUAAUGCCCCUGAUUCUUUGGAGACUUCCCGACCUUCUAGGAGCCGUUCUGAUAAUGAUGGAAAUUUGUUGGUGGCAACGCUACCCCUACGCCGGCUCCUUGUUAGCAGGAGUUCCUUCAUUUUUUACCAGCUACUACAUGUUGCAUAGAUGCCUAGCAGCCGUCGCCAAAGAUACCCAAAACGUCCUCUCUAGAGCUCUGGAAGGCAAAGAGAAGAUGCCGAUCUAGAAGAUGCCGAUCUAGAGGCAGAUGCGAUCACAGUUCUGGAAGCAGGGGACUCGGUCGACAGGCAUAGAAGUCUGCAUCUGUUUGAAACAGAUCCCAGGUUUCUAGACCGCAUGAUGUAAAACAGUCAGGGUCGCAUGCCUUGAAAAUGAUUUGGUACCCAGGGACCAAGAAGAAAUUAUUUUUGUGACCAAUGAAAAUUGUGCGUGCGGAAUACAUUUGUACGUUCCUGCUACAAUAAUAAGCCCUGGAUGCAAGUCAGUGAAAGCCAAUUUCCAUGUUUGGGGGAUCUUUUGUGCCUUAAAGCCAUCUGUCAACUUUUUAGUAUUAACUUUGAGUCCUAUCUACUGGGUGCCUUUUUUUUUAAGUCUUGGUGAGGAGAGACAAAAAUCUGGAAUUUGGGAUUUUAUUUUCAGGGUGGGGUGGAGAGUAUAAAAGAGCUCUCCUUCGCUGGCUUUCGAAAGCCGCCACAAGUUGUGAGAAGGGCCACUCUAGCUGUGAGAACCAACUGUGGUGGAGUGGUCCAUAGCAGCGGAUUCUAAUCUGGAGAACCAGGUUUUGAUUCCCCACUCCUCCUCCACAUGCAGCCAGCUGGGUGACCUUGAGUCAGUCAAUUCUCUCAGAACUGUUCUCUCAAGAGCAGUUCUUAAAAGAGCUCUUUCAGCCUCACCUACCUUAUGGGGUGUCUGUUGUAGAAAGAGGAAGUGAAGGAGAUUGUAAACUACCCUAGAACUCUUUCAGGAAGUGAAGAGAGGCGUAUAAAAGCAGUUCUUCUUCCAUGCCCCUCCUGAAUGCCCCCAAUAUGUAAAUAGCAGUCCCCGCACACCAUAUGAUCCUUAUAAAGAAUUACUGAUUUAGAAAGAAUAGUGAGACAUACAUAGAUGGUAAAAUAUUCCUUAUGCGUUUUUGUUUAAUAAUGUGAGAAAAUAUAUUUUGAAAACCAGGAAUGAGGGUUUUUUAUUUUUCAGUGUGAGGAAUAUUUGUAGCAGAUUUCUUUUUUCCCCUCUUCUGAUUGUACCAUGGCUGAUUAGUUUUCAAGAGGUGAUGCGAAUAAAGUACUUCUUAAAAUGUU